GUGGUGGUGAUCGUGCUGCUGCUACUGCUGCUGCUGCUGGCGGUGGUGGUAGUGCGUCGAGAAAAAACGGGACGCGCGAAGACGGACUCGAUGGAAGAGGGUAGCGGGGCCUGCGGCGUUAGAAGUCAUCAAGUCAGCGCGAGGAACUAACCUAAUUUCGUCCGCCAUCGCGCGACACGAGGACGACGACGGCAGCAACAACGACGACGAGGACGAAGACGAGCACGAUCACGAUCACGAUCACGAUCACGACGGUGACGGAAGCGAGACGGAGCGAUCGGGAGGAAGCCUCGAUAACGAGGGAGAGGAGCACCGAAGUUGGUUCGCGACUCCUCGGCAAUAAAUAUCAUCAUGAAUGCCAGGACGCAGCUAUUUGAAUUGAGCAUGGAGGGACGGCAGGUGGAUGAGGCAGUGGCGAGUAUAUUCCACAGUGUGCUCUUCCAUCGAAGUCUCGGCAAAUUCAAAUACAAACAGGAGGGCAGCUACUCGGUGGGUACUGUGGGAUAUCAGGACGUGGAUUGUGAUUUCAUUGAUUUCACUUACGUUUGCUGCUCGUCGGUACACCUCGACCAGACGCUGAAGCGUGAAAUAUCAGGCUUCUCGGAGGCGCUACGCUCCACUGACAGUCCAGGCUCUGGUCAGAUAUCUCUAGAAUUUUUCCAGAGAAAAAAAAGUCGCUGGCCGUUUCAACCGGAGUGCAUCCCGUGGGAGGUAUGGACCGUGCGUCUUGAACUUAUCAAAUUAGCCACCGAGCACGAACGGCAGAUAUGCCGGGAGAAAGUGGGAGACCUGCUGACCGACAAGAUCCUGUACAUCACCGAGGUCAUGAAUCGGCAUGAUUACAUCCCGAAAGUGCCGAGUCAGGCUGAGCUGGAUUUGAUCUUCGACACGUCGUAUCCGGAUAUACAACCGUAUCUCUUCAAAUUGUCCUUCACAACCUCUAGUCCGUCGACUACCACGAUGGGCAACACUAUGAAGAAGUUAAUUAGAGAGACACUGUCCAUUUAGUCGUUAUAAUGUACAUUAAAUAUUUAAAUAUUUCACAUUUAGUGCGUCCGUAUAGCUUACUAGAGUCAUCAAAAUGCAAAACUCGCUUUUCUUUUCUCAUUUACGAUGCACGAGUCUCUGCAUUGCACCAAUCAACGAUUUUCAGAUUUCGUAUCCACAAUGACUCUAAUCUGCCACUUUAACUUGUGUUAUGAGUUUCGAGAAAAAUAAUCAACUUUGUAUUACGAAGAAAGCAGAAUGGUUCCAAGUCUUCGGCUAACUGUACACAGUGAAAACUACCAAAAGUACUCGAAGUACUUCGCCUAUGUGGUAGGCUCUGUUGGAUUUUUUGUAAUACAGUGGUGUCUCUUAUAAUGAAGAUACUACAUCGCAGGGACUUCCGCUACUAUGUGUCUCUAAUGUCUCUAUAUAGUACAAAUGAACACAACACUCUUGUGUCACAUGCUUUUUUUGUACUUUACUAUGAACGUCCGUCGCAUAAUUUUAGCAGGAUCACAUUAGUCACGUUUUACACAAUAUUUUACCUCUUAACUCUCACCACUCUUAAAAAUCUCCACAAGUGGCUUCUGUGGCAGAACAUUACGUUCCUCUCUCGUUUCUCAUCCUUUUCAAAUGCUGUGUAUACAUCGUAGAAUAGACUCGAGCGUACUUUUCUUUAAUAGAUAAAGAGUCUUUUUGCGCGUUAUUCAAAGAAGAUAAUUUGAUUUAGAAUAGAAGUCGAUCGUCUAGUUGAGCAGGAUAUCUCCAGAUUCUUUAAUGUUUAAUAGAAUCUUUGAAAAUAAUGAAUCUUAAAGAUACUUGUAACUUACUUGAUAAACUCCUCCGACUACACGACGGCUGUAUUCGGCGCUAUAUAUUGUGUUUUUCAGUCACUAACAUUGAAAGUAUAUGUAGUUAUCCUAAACUCUCUGACAAAUCACAGAAUGCUUGGAUUAUUCCACAUAUGUACAUAUAUAUAUAUAUAUAUACAUAUACAUAUUUAACAUGUUAUGUACACGUAGCGUGUAUACACGCGGGCUUGCAUACCACGCUGUUAUUAUUUUCACCAUAAAUUUAACGCUGAAUAUUGGAUUUAGAUAAUUGCGUAGAGAGUUAGCUAAUAUUUAGCGUUAAAUAUAUGCAGCAGAGCAGAGUCUUAAUUAUAAUUACGGUGUAUGCAUGGAAGUGAUUGUUAUUUAUUUCCAGUGAGUGAUGAGACACGUGACGUAACGCCAGGCGUCAUGUGUACGCAGAUUAGCAACUACAAUUAUUUACACUGCUCUAUUCUCUCGUUGAUCUUAAGUUAUAAGAAUCAAAUUGUAAAAUAAGUUAACGGUCAUUAAGCCAGCGCGAUGCCCACAGUAUCGAAGUGCACCGGGAUACGAAAAACACCGCACGAAAAAUCACCGUCAUGUUUACAUUUCCCCAGACGUUUCGUGCCUUCGUAUCGAAUUUUUGAUAGAGAAAUUAAUCUAGGAGACUAACAUACUUGAUCCAGAUGAUAGUGUCACUAUUAUUUAUUGUGCUCGAAGCAUCUCUCUCAUCUCGUAAAAGUGGAAUAGUCUCUCUUUUUCACGCGCGCGCAGAAGACAAAUCUGUGAUCCUUCUCGGAUUCGAGGCGGUUUUGUUCUAUUCCUCAUAAGCGACAAAUGUGUGCCGUUAACGUCGUGUCGUUUUAGGAUUUUCAAGCUAAAGGGAGACGCGAGAUGGCGGAUACCGGAACGCUCGUUGGCGGCGAUUCCACGAGCGAUUACACUUAUUAUAUAUUAUACUAUGUAAAUAGCGUCCGAAGAAUAUUGCUGCAAAUCAAAUUAUGUCGCGCCGAGAGAGUCCCCGCACGUUCCGAGAUCCGCUUCUCUCGCCCUCACCUACGACCAAUCAACAAAGAUAUCACGACGCAUUAGUAGUGCACAUACCUUACGAAUUAACCGUAGACGAGAAGCGUAAUGUUAAUUUAACGAUUAAUCAUAUAUCGUCCCCCUACUGCUUUUCUUUUUCUGCCAAUCUUUCUCCAGAUAGUUUAAUGUACAAUUGCGAUUUAGCUAAAUGUUCCGCGAAUCGAGUGAAUACGUUGAUUGGAUGUAUCCUACUGGAAUGUUUGUUUAUUUUUCUCUUAUCGAUUAUAAAGAAAGGAAAAAUCACGGUGAUCGUCGAUAGUCCGCCGCUCUCUCUGCGAUUUCCGAGUUGAAAAUCGAUCGCAGUCUCUUUCCCUCGCACCAUCCGGCUUUUACUUUUUACGAUUAUGUGACGUAUGCGAUAUUGUGAAAAGUAAAAAGAGAAUCGCGUUGUGGAACCGCGAUUAUGACGACAUUAUGACAAAGAGAGGCGCGCGUACGUAUGUGUACGUGUCGCAUAUAUAUAUAUAUAUAUAUAUAUAUAUA